UUCAAUCCGCAAUGCGAAAUAAUAUUAUAUUGUUAUCAGUGCAGAAUAGAUCAUUACACUCGAUUGCUUAGCUAAAAGGGCAAUUGUAGCGAUUAAUUUGUUGUGGUGACUCCGUUUGGUUGAAUAGCAGCUCAUCGAUCCCAUCGAAAAAAUGUCAGCCGCGCAACAGUAUUGCCUCCGUUGGAACAACCACCGCUCGAACCUGCUGACCGUCUUCGACGAGCUGCUCCAGAACGAGGCCUUCACCGACGUGACGCUCGUCUGCGAGGGCGGCGGCCCCAUCAAAUGCCACCGCAUGGUGCUCGCCGCCUGCUCCCCCUAUUUCCAGAACCUCUUCAUCGACCUGCCCUGCAAGCACCCCGUCGUCGUCCUCAAGGACGUCAAGCACGUCGAGAUCAAGGCCAUACUCGAGUACAUGUACAAGGGCGAGGUGAACGUGGCCCAGGACCAGCUGGCCGCCUUGCUCAAAGUCGCCGAAACGCUCAAAGUCAAAGGGCUGAUCGAGGAGAACCGCUCCAAUCGCACCGUCAAGCAGGAGCUGGCCGAUCACUCGCCCUCCAUAUCCACCUCCAGCUCGGUGAUGCAGAACAUCGUGCACAGCAGCUCCAACUCGUCGCCGCCCCAUUCCACCAAUUCCAUGUACAAGAAUCCCUAUCAGAUGUUCGGCGGCAAGCCGCAGGACUCCAGGCUGAACCUGCCCAUGUGGGCCGUGCCCGGGCUGCCUUUGCCUCCUCACAAUUCGCAACCGACCAAUUCCACACCCACAAGGAUACUGGGCGGUUGCUACGAUAUGUCCAACUCGGACAUGUCACCUCUCAAGAGAAAGAAACUCUCCAGCCUGCUCAUGAACAGAGACACUCCUAUUCUAAGAACGGUAUUGGGACAAGGCCAAGUAGACUCUUCGCAACCCGUCAGCUUGGUUUGCCAUCCAGACAGCGCUGAGCAAACCAAUGGCAACGAUGAUAGAUUGAAGCACAUGAAAAACGAACCGUCAGAAGACGCCCAAUCCCCUUACACGGACUUCACCCCCAUGACCGACGACGAAGAUAAACCGAAACUGGCCGUACCGUCCUCGUCCCCGCAGUCGUUCAGCCACGACAUGAGAGGAGUAUCCACGGCGAUAGCGACCUACGUGCCGAAUCAAAACAGGGAAUGGAAGCGAUACAAACAGUACACCAGAGAAGACAUCAUGUCGGCGAUCGAAGCCGUGAGAAACGGCAUGUCGGCCCUGCAAGCAGCCAGGAAGUACCACGUGCCCAGCCGGACGCUCUACGACAAAGUGAAAAAACUAGGAAUCACCACGAACAGACCGUUCAAACGAGGCAGCAACGGUUCGCCGGCGUGUUUCUCCUACGCCACCGGUUCCCCCUACGGCAGCCAUUUGUCCGAAGGAGACGACACACCGAUGAACAAUACAUCGGCUCUGCUGGACGCCAGCACGUUCCUGCAGCACGCCCUAGACGGCAGAGGAGGCGACGAAAGGGAAGCGCUGGCCGCCAUGGCGGCCGCCGCCGCCGUCCACGCCGCCGCCGCCUCGGGCCGAUCGAGGAGCCCGGGCGGCGGGGGCCGCGCGCGCAGCCCCAGCCCCAGCCCGACGAUGCUCAAGUACAUCAGGCGGACGAGCCUGACGCCGUCGCCGGCGGCGGGCAGCGACCACCACAACUCGCACAGCGAGACGAACGGCAGCAGCGAGCGCGAGCCCGACGACGACGAGGACCAGGUGGAGGACCUGUCGAUGAACAGGAAGGAGGCGCGGGAGGGCGCGACGCGCGUCAUCAUGCCGCCGAUGAACCAGGUGUCGGCGAUCAUCACGAAAGAGGAGCUGCUGAUGGAGGGGCUGAAGGAAGAGGCCAGGCGCGAAGUAAGUGUCGAUUGCGAGGCCGAAUGAGGUCUUUUCUAUGGGACGCUGAUGUUGAGAAGGUUUUUAUACGACCAGUGUUGAAUUUUAUGAUAUAUAGUUUAUUGUUUCGGAUACUGCAUCUAUUAUUGACUGAUGUUCAGUGCAAUAUAUUUUUCUCUUAUAUCUGUGGUUGACCACCGUACUCACUUUUUAUGAUUAUUUAGCUCUUAGAGUAAAGGAAAUCUCAACUUGCAUUAUCUAAACUUGAUUCGUUUUUUUAUCUCAUCAGUUGAUAUACGAGUGAAUCUUUCGUAAAAAAAAUCAUAGAUAGAGAACCAACAGGCAAGUACCUACUGUCUAAUAUGAAAAUAUGGCUAUACUAUUAACGAAUUUUCUUCAACAAACACCUCCACCGCAUCUAACCCGAAUUUAUUUCGAGUACAAUGGGUUGCCUAUUUCUAAGGCACCAAAAAAAUACUUGCCUAUCGGAACCUCUAUACUUAAAAAAUAACUAAAAAUCGCACUAUUUGCAAGUAUUCAAUUGCGUCACUGGUCAAAUUGAGUUUUGAUUAAUACCACACGUAAGUGUUCAAAUGAUCGCGCGGAACUUUUUAAUCUACUAUAACUAAAUUUUAGAUUACUUGUACAGUUGAGAUUCUAGUUUAGUUUUAAAUAGCGUUGAACCGAGUGCCUACGAAAUGCUUGCUAUGAGACCAGCUCACGUUCUUUUGCUGCAAGUUCCUCUUUAGAUAGACGAUGAAAGGAGCCCAACUUCAUAAGACUGAUAGAUUUUACUAAUGUUUAAUUGCAUGAGACUGAUUGAUUAAAUUAAUAAAAAAAAACUAUAUUGAUGACGAUGAUACGAAGCAGAGUAGGAUGGUUGCGUGCGCUCGACCCUAUAAAAUCGCAGAAAAAAUAUUCUAGGCGUUGGAACAAACAACCUAGCGUAUUUUUUUUAUUUUAUAACUCAGUUCGAUCCCGGUGUUUUAUCUUAAAAAAGAUGUAAAUAUUUUUUUACUUUUAUUUUUUUGCUGGGGGGCAUUAAGCCUAAUUUUAGAGGUAGAGAAUUUCUGAUACAUACAAUUUGAUACAUCCAGGUUGGUUUUUUUCAGUUAAAAAUUUUUAUUUUUAGGAUUAGUACCGUCGAGAAACGGGACACAGCCCAUGUUAAAAAAAAGAUGGUUUUCUUUUACGAAGACAUAUUCCGGUUAAAUUCGUACCUCUAUAAUUGCGUAACACGAAGUAAAUAGGAUCAAUGUGAUUGUAAAAAAAUGGUUUAAACGGUUUUGGGGUUUUUUUGUUUGUAAGGAAAAGCGUAUUAAUACGAAAUCGUAGCGUUUAAGUAAGAUUUAAAAAAAUAUUCAACUGGCUCAAAACGAAUUUUCAUGCACUCCCAAUUCGUCAGCUGACUCAAAUUUGUGUCGAGGGUGUUUUUUGUCGCACAUUUUACCGAGUUUUCCGAAGAUCACCGAUUUUCUUAUUACCCAGCACCUUGCCAUAGUUAUUUUGUUACUACAAGUGGCCAUUUCUAGCCAUAGCUGUGAUUUUUCUAGACUGAAUAAUACGAAACACGAGUUUGUCACUAUGUAUAAUAUAUUCAAUAUAAUGUUGUUCACCUUAUUAAUUUUUACUUAUAUUGUUCAAUGUUACGACUGCAGCGAGUCUAGUCGGUCAGGUUUAUUAUACAGGGGGGUGUCUGAAAAUGACGAGCUAAACGUUUUUCAAAAUUAACUCAGAAAUCUUGUAUCGUAUUUUUUUAUCUAUAAAUGACACGUAGUAUUUUUUUGUUCGUCUUUUGCGGACACCCUGUAGAUUUUUCGAGUUCGAUCCGAGGGGGCAGUUUUUUUAGUGUAAUUUAUAGGCGAGUUUGCCGCUCUCGGACCGGACGAAUGUUUUUAAGUAAACGGCUCAUGUUUUAACCAAAUGUGCAAUUUUAUAUUGCCGCACUAUUUAAAAAAUGUUAGUUAAUUUUUUUUUGUUUACAUCAUUAUUUACAAGACUGAAAUUGAAAGAAACAUUGAAUUCUUUAAACGCCCAUUAUAAAAGUAUGUUUGAUUUAUGGUGUGAAUUUAAGGAAUUGAGACACAACUUAUACAUAAAUAUAUUACAAAAAUACGGACCAAUUUAGAUGAAAAAAAUGUGCCUUUUAUUAAUCACUUAUCUACAUUCCAUUAGGUUUUAUUUAUGUUUUUUAAAUUCGGCAAGUUUUAUAAUAAAAUCUAUUAAAUGCAGCAGUUGUGUUGACUUUUUUAAAUGCCAUUUAAUUUAAGACUGAUUAUUUGUUUGUUUAUUGUUAUAUCAAAGUAUUUUUAGAAUUUUGU